UCCAUGGCUUCCUUUCAUCUUCCAUUGCGUUCAUCAAUGGCGGCUCUGCCUGUCGUUCUCUGUGUCUUGUCUUGUUUCUUGCCGGAGCUUGCAUUUGCAAAAACCAGACACUAUACCUUCAAUAUAAGAUACCAGAAUGUGACGAGACUCUGCCACACGGUGAAGGUUCUAACCGUAAACCGGCGGCUCCCAGGGCCGCCAUUGGUGGCCAGAGAAGGGGACAGAGUCCUCAUCAAGGUCAUAAACCACGUGGCCGAGAACGUCACCAUUCAUUGGCACGGUGUCCGCCAGCUCCGAACCGGUUGGGCCGACGGACCGGCUUACGUGACCCAAUGCCCAAUCCAGACGGGUCAGGCGUACACUUACAAUUUUACACUCAAAGGGCAGAGAGGGACUCUGCUUUGGCAUGCCCAUAUCUCGUGGCUGAGGGCGACGAUUCACGGCCCCAUUAUCAUCCUCCCCCGCCGGAACGAAUCCUACCCGUUCGAGAAGCCCCACAGGGAAGCCCCCAUUGUUUUCGGGGAGUGGUUUAAUGUGGAUCCGGAGAGUGUGAUUCAGCAGGCUCUGCAGACGGGCGGAGGGCCUAAUGUUUCUGAUGCUUACACCAUUAAUGGACUUCCUGGCCUUCUCUAUAACUGUUCUUCUAAUGAUACUUUUAAGCUAAAGGUGAAGCCAGGGAAGACUUACUUGCUCCGAUUGAUCAACGCUGCACUCAACGAUGAGCUCUUCUUCAGCAUCGCCAACCACUCCCUCACCGUCGUCGACGCCGAUGCUUCCUACGUCAAGCCUUUCCAAACCGACGUCGUACUGCUCAGCCCCGGCCAAACCUCCAACGUUCUUCUCAAAACCAAUCCCAAUUUCACUAAUGCUACUUUUUUCAUGGCCGCUCGCCCUUACGCCACCGGUCAGGGCACUUUCGACAAUUCCACCACCGUCGGAAUCCUCCAUUACGGCCACUCAUCCAUACCAAUUCCGGCCACUGGAAUUGCGAGUUUAAUUCCCAAACUUCCUGCUAUUAACGACACCAAUUUCGUUUUCAAUUUCUCUAGAAAAUUACGGUCUCUUGCCAACGCCAAAUUCCCUGCUAAAGUCCCCCAAACGGUGGACAGGAAGUUUUUCCUCACCGUCGGGCUUGGAACUGCCCCUUGCCCGAAUAACGCCACGUGUCAAGGUCCCAAUGGUACGAAAUUUGCUGCCUCUAUUAACAAUGUCUCUUUCGCACUCCCGUCGACGGCGCUUUUGCAGGCCUACUUCUCCCGCCGGGCUAAUGGGGUUUACCGGACUGAUUUACCGGCAAGGCCGAUUUUCCCGUUCAACUACACCGGAACGCCGCCGAAUAAUACGUUUGUGAGUAAUAGUACGAGUUUGGUGGUGUUGCCGUUCAAUGCGAGUGUGGAGGUGGUUUUGCAGGGGACAAGUAUUCUGGGGGCGGAGAGUCACCCUCUUCAUCUUCAUGGAUUUAAUUUCUACAUAGUUGGGGAAGGUUUUGGAAACUUCGACCCCAAUAAAGAUCCAGCUAAUUUCAACCUGGUUGACCCCGUUGAGAGGAACACCGCCGGCGUUCCCACCGGCGGCUGGGUCGCCUUCCGUUUCUUCGCCGACAACCCAGGAGUGUGGUUCAUGCAUUGCCAUUUGGACGUGCAUACAAGUUGGGGGCUGAGAAUGGCCUGGAUUGUCCUCGACGGCCCAAAACCCAACCAGAAACUGCCGCCGCCGCCGGCCGACCUCCCCAAGUGUUGAGACAUUCCGUUUACUAAAAGUUUUGGUCUUUAUAAAUUAAUAAUUUCCAGCUUCUUUUCUUUCCCUUCUCGCGUGUUUUGCCCAAAUUCUGCUUCUACAUGAAUCUGUUUCUGUAAAGU